AUGGGUAAAUCAUCCAAGGAUAAGCGCGAUGCUUAUUAUCGUCUCGCCAAGGAGCAAAAUUGGCGCGCCCGUUCUGCGUUCAAACUUAUCCAGAUUGACGAGCGAUUCGACCUAUUCGAGCACGAGAACCCGGACAAUGUGACGAGAGUAGUGGAUUUGUGCGCUGCACCUGGAAGUUGGAGCCAAGUACUCAGCCGUGUUUUGAUAAAGGGCGAAAGCUUCGGGCGGCGGGCAUGGCUCGAGAAAAAGCGGAAAGAACAACAGGGAUUGGAGGGCGCAGAGACAACGACGGGCGAUGACGAUGACGAUAAAAUGGAAUGCGAUGAGCCUUCUUCGAGCUCUGAAUUAAAGCCCCGAAAAAAUGUCAAGAUCGUAUCCAUCGAUCUCCAACCAAUGGCACCGCUCGAAGGUAUCACAACGCUCAAAGCUGAUAUCACGCACCCCUCUACGAUCCCUCUUCUCUUGCGCGCUCUUGACCCAGAAGCAUACGAACAACCAUCCACAUCCUCCGAUUCCCCACAAUCUGUCACAGAGGCUAUCAGACAACCUCACCCCGUUGACCUGGUCAUCUCCGACGGCGCCCCGGAUGUAACAGGUCUACACGACCUGGACAUUUAUAUUCAAUCACAACUCCUCUACGCAGCACUCAACCUUGCUAUGGGGGUUCUCCGACCAGGCGGCAAGUUCGUCGCCAAGAUCUUCCGUGGCCGCGAUGUAGACCUUCUCUACGCGCAACUGCGGACCGUCUUUGAGCGCGUCAGCGUCGCGAAGCCGCGCAGUAGUCGCGCUAGUAGCUUGGAGGCAUUCGUGGUCUGCGAAGGCUUCAUUCCACCCGUUACUGACAGCGGGGUGGUCGGUAUGGCCGCACUGAAAAAUCCACUCUUCGGCGGAGCCGCAGCUCCAGUAGCCGUGUCAGAAGACGGCAAUGUGGGCGUGGAAGUUCGCGAUGAAAUCGACCAGGACACACAACCCCGGAAUACUGCGGCGCAACCCGCGGGAAUUAGCACUCCUGCGCCCAACCACUCUAUUGAAGUCCGUCACCUUCAAAUCACAAAACCACAAGACCAGGCCCAACCCCAGAAACUGUCCAACAAGUUCGCGGUUGAGAAUCGGUGGAUUCCGUCGUUCAUUGCUUGUGGUGAUCUUUCCGCUUGGGAUUCUGAUGCAUCAUACACCCUACCUCCGGACUAUGUUAAUCUGGAUCCUGUUCAGCCACCCACUGCACCACCAUAUCGUCGAGCAUUGGAAUUGAGGAAAGAAAAGGGUGGUGCGUAUGGCAAGACCAAGUAUGGACCCAUUCGUCAUGUUUGA